AUGACGGCGCCCUUCUGCAUCGAGGAGCUGCUCCAUGCGCUGCAGGGCGGCGUGCACGUGAGACUCUUCGAGAAGUACGCCCGCGGCAAUUUCCGCGUCGACGGCAUCUGCCAGCUGAUCUUGCGCGGGCCACUGAAGCUCCAGGUCCGCGCACUUCUGCCGAAGGUCCUGCCAGCCAUGGUCCUAACAAAAAAUGUGCAGACCAUCGAGGAAAUCUGCGCGCUGCUUGAGGAAUCCGCCCAGUCGCUGUUCACGCCUCAGCUGCCCUACAUUCUGAGCGCCAUGGCACGGCAGCCUGUGGAGAGCAUGGCUGGGGCGUUCAAAUUCAUUUCAGAGCGGGUGUACAGCCGCCAAAUGUCCAUCACGAGCAUCUGCGACGCGUCACUCGGACAGGUCCUGGUCCUCAUCCUCUGGAACAGCGUCUCUCCCGAGGGGCACGAGGAGUCUCGCAGACUCUGCCGCUACGCCGUCGAGAACAUCGUGGGCGCACUCAAGGCCUCCGCCGCCAACGCGGGCGCUGCCGUGGGGGCCGCUGCGUCGACGCGCCCGCCCCUCGGCGCAGUGCCUUGGCAGCCCCAGGGCCAGCGGAGAACAAUCGACUCUGUGAGCGGAGGGGCCGCCGCUGGCACCCCAGACGGACCACCGCGGAAGCGUCGGACGGCAGGCGGUGGCACCGUGGGCGGUGGUGCGGCAGUUGCCGCGGCCGGGGACGCCGCGGCCCUGUCCGAGGUCGUGCAGACUCCCAUGCAGACACUAGAGGACAGCUUCCUGCACGUCCUGGACAUCUUGGAGAUAGUCCUCAGCGGGAACAGGCAGUCCCCCAAGUGGGAGGAGUACAGCCCGCUCCUCUGCGAUUCCCACGGCGAUGAGCGGCGCCUGGACCACGGCCGCCUGCUCGCGGCCAUCGCGCUGCUGUUCGAGCUCGUGCCCCAGAGCCUCCACCGCUUCUCGCCCAAGGUCCUGGAGUUCCUCCACUCGGCCUCGGAGCUCUCCGGCUUCCACCCCGAGGCGGCCCGGUGCUGGCAGCUGUUCGUGGAGCACGUGGGCGUGGCGAAGUUGCGGCUGCUGCUGCCCGCGGUGGUGGCCGAGCUGCUGCGGCUGGCCGCGCGGCUGCGGCCUCGCGCGCCUGGCGGCAGCGGCCAGAUCUGCCUGCGCGCCCUCUUGGACAGCGUUGUGUGCCAGACCUGCCGGGUGUACCCCGAGCUCGUGGCGUCGCUGCCGCGCCUGCCGCCGUGGCCAGAGCUGUCCGCCGCGCGGGCGGCGCUGGGCGGGCGGCAGCCAGAGGGCCGCGGCGAGACGCCCGAGGGGUUCAGCAGGCAGCUGGAGGCGGGCCUGGAACAGCUGGAGAGUGCCGCGCAGCAGGCCGUGAGGCGCGCCGCCCUGGAGCACAUUACCUCCCUGAUGGAGUCGCAGCGGCCCAUGCCGGCGAGGAUCACGCAGCUCAGCCCCACGCUGCUGUCGAGGCUGAUGCGCGCCCUGCUGAAGUUCCUCUGGGAGUCCUCCGCCUGGCCCGAAGACCAGCUCAUGUGUGGUCGGCUGCUCGGCUCGUGCGGGGCCAUCGACCCCGCCCGGCUCUCCCAGCUGGACCUCAGCCGCGAGCGGCUCUCCCGCACGCCCGCGGACCUGGGCAGCGCGGACCAGCUCGCCAAGAGGGUGCUCGCGGACUUCCUGGUGCCCAAUCUCACGGGCAAGAACUCGUACGCCUUCGCCGCCCAGGAGAUCCUCAAGUACCUGCAGGGCUGCGGGCGCGCCCCCGAGGUGUUGGCGGGCCUGAGCCAGGACGUGCGCGAGACACUGCGGCCGUAUAUGCACAGCUCCUACCAGCUCGUCGACGGGGCACAGGCCUUCGAGGACACGUCCACGUUCGACGGCGUGGUUGCGCUGGCAGUGGGGUUGACCAACGGCGAGCAACGGGCCCUCUUUCUGGCGUGUCUACCCGCCGCGCAUGGCAACCACGCAUUGUCCCUCUUCCUGAUGCACCAUGUGCUGCACAGCUUGCUGGAGUCGAGGAUCCCCACCGAGCAGCUAGAAGGGCUCGCCGCUUCUCUCGGGGGCUUGCUGGACUCUCCGAACGACGCCACCGCGCAGGCCGUGUUCUCGCUCGUAGACGAUCUGAUCGAGAGGCGCGAGAAAUUGUGCCUCAGUGCAGGCCACUCGCGUGCCCAGCCUGCCGACGCGGCGGCCCGGGAGCGCAUGAAGCAAAGGAUUGGCGCUCUCCAGUCGCCGAUCACCCACCGCCGUAUAGUCUCCGCCUCAGUACGCUGCGGUGCGCACGCGCGGGCGCUGCAAUUCCUCGAGCAGGCGAUCAUCGAUGAGCACGAAGGAGACGGCAACGUGUUCGACGACGCCCGCAUCGAGAGCGAGGAGGACUGCCUGCUGUUGCAGUCGAUCUACCGCGACCUCGACGAGCCCGAUGGCGCCCUCGGGGCCCUCCGUGCCGGGCCCGCCACUGCCAAGACGCGUGCGUUGCGCUUCGAGCAGGAGAGUCGCUGGCAGGACGUGCAGUCAUUCUACGAGGUCCAGCUGGCGUCCACUCCGCAGGAGGGCGAGGUCCGUCGCGAGCUGCUCUGUCGGCUGGCGCACUGCCCGCACAACCUGCGCCGGUUCGAGUCGUCGCUGCGCCUCAUCGAGGGCAUGGACGGGGAGGACUUGCAGGUAAGGUUGCGGCCCCUUGCCGUGGAGGCCGCCUGGCAGCUGAGCAGCUGGGGCAGGCUGGAGAGGGCGCUAGAGAAGCCCGCGGCGCAGGAGGCUGACGACUUCCAGGUCUCCCUUGGCCAGGCCCUGCUCAAAUUCCACCAACGAGAUUCUGCUGGGCUCGAGAGCGCUUUGAGAAGAACCACGCUCCAGGUGACGCAGACAGUGGCAUCGGCCGCCAGGGAAUCGUACACCCGCGCCUACCAGCACCUCCUGAAGCUGCACGUGCUUUCCGACCUCUCCUGGCUGGCUGGGAGGCGUCCCGACGCGGGGGCGGUGCCGCCAGCGCCAGGGGAGCUAGCCAAGUGCCUGCUUGACCGGGCCGAGGUGGUGGUGCCGACAUUCUCUGCCAAGCAGCUGGUGUUGAGCCCGCUUCGGACGGCCCUGCAGGACAUGGGUCUGGCAGACGACUGCAAGCGCGUCGAGCUCGCGGUGGUGCAGCUGUGCCGAAAGCAUGGCGCCCCGGCCGCGAUGGAGCAUCCAGAGGUGAGUUUCGCGGGCGCGGGCGUGUCCGCCGAGACGUUGGCACAGGCCCAGCUCGAGUGGGGCAGGCUGCUCUACGCGCGCGGAUCGCGCCACGACGCGCUGCGGCACAUGCGGCAGCUCGCCCCGCGCAGCCCGAAGGCGCGGCUGCUGGGCGCGCGGUGGGCCACCGAGCCCGCGGCCGAGCUGCUCAUCCCGCGGGUCGCGGAGGCGGAGUUCAAGAUCGCGAAGGACAGCCUCCCGGCCGACGAGGCCGCGUGCUUCUACCACGCGGCCUACCUGGACCGGCUGCUGAAGGAGCACCUCGCCAGGAGGGGCCCCGCCUCCGCGGCGGGCCCGCCGCAGGCCGAGAGGAGCCCCUUCGACGUGAAGAACCUGAUCACCUUCACCCUAAGGGGCUACCUGCAGGCGCUGCGGCGGGGCACCAAGCGGCUGCACUUCAUCCUGAACAGGGUCCUCCAGCUCGCCUGGGACUGCUGCGAGCUGGAAAUGCACAAGGCAGCCGCCCUGGAAGAGAUAAGCGCCGCGGACAGGUCGCUCGAGCCGUGGAUGUGGUACCCCGUGCUCCCGCAGCUCAUCAGCCGCCUGCAGAACCCAGACAUGCGCGAGUUGUUCAAGCAGUUAAUCGCGAAGGUGCUGAUGGCGCACCCGCAUCAGGCGGGCUGGCAGAUUAUGCAGCUGAGCAAGUCUUCCUGCAAGGAGAUGGUCGCCUUGCUGUCGAACCUCUUGACGACGCUCGGGAGGAAAGACAACAAUUUCCACCGGGUCAUGUGCAGGUAUUCCAGGCUGUUCGAUCAGCUGAUUCGUCUCGCCCAGUUCCAGCCGGAGGACCCCAGGCAGCAGCACAUCAGCCUCGACAGGCACGAUUUUGCCAAGCUGGUGGGCGGGUUCUCGCAUAGGACGCCGACGCAGGGCGGGUCCGAGGGCUGGCGCGUCAUCGUGCCGCUCCAGUCGCAGAUGACCGCGGCGAUCCCCCGGAUGCGACUGCACGGGGAGCCCGGGGCCACGAUCGAUCCGUUCCCGGAGGCGAUAUUCGCAGAGAAGUGUCACAACGUCGCGGAGGUGCUCCGAUCUAAGGAGAAGCCAAAGAAGAUCACUUUUCUUGGCGACGACGGGCGGUCGUACCCUUUCCUCUGCAAGUCAGAGAAGAGGGGGGACCUCAGGAAGGAUUCACGGAUGAUGGAGUUCGGACUCAUGGUGAACCAGCUGUUGCAGAAGAACCCAGAUGCACGUCGAAGGAAUCUUGGGAUACGCACUUUCAAUGUUGUCAUUAUGAUGGAAAGUUGCGGCCUGAUCGAGUGGGUGCCUAAUACGAAGGGCCUGCGCCCAAUCAUCGAGGAUCUUUGGAAUUCAUUGAACCCGGGCGUGAUGCUAACGGUGAGGCAGAUCAAGGACAUGUACUCUACAACGAGAAGCCAGUACGAGACCUUCACGAAAGAGGUGUUGCGGAGAAACCCUCCAAUCAUGCACAGGUGGUUCUCCUUGAAUGCAGACCCGUCUGUAUGGCUGUCCAAGCGGCUGCUCUUCAGCCGGACCCAGGCGCUGUGGUGCAUGCUUGGCUACCUCGUUGGCCUGGGCGACCGACAUGGAGAGAACAUCCUUGUAGAACAGGAUACUGGCCAAAUUGUCCAUGUCGACUUUGAUUGCCUCUUCGGCAAAGGCAUGCACUUGGAAUGCCCCGAGACCGUCCCCUUUCGGCUCACGCAGAACUGUGUUGCAGCCAUGGGCGUCACAGGAGUCGAAGGCGUGUUCCAGAGUUGUUGCGAGCUCGUUAUGGGGGUGCUGAGAGACUCGGCCAACAGGCAGACGAUCCUCUCUGUGCUGCACGUCUUCAUCGCGGACCCGCUGAUCGAGUGGGCCCGCAGACCGCAGGUGCCGCUGCGGCCGCAGGACGAGAAGCAGAACCGCAUACGUGACGCCCGAAUCACGAUCGGCGACGUGGAGAAGAAGCUCGACGGCAUGCUCAACGUCGGAGCCGCCGUCGACGUCAGGGCAGCACACCAGGGCGAGUCGGUGCUCACUCCAGAGGAGCGCGGGCGCACCUCCAGCGGGCUGCUGGGCCGCGACCGCGGCGUGGGGCUGUCGGUCGCCGGGCAGGUGGACGAGCUGCUGAAGGCCGCCAUGUGCAAGCGGAACCUCAGCGAGAUGUACGUGGGCUGGCAGUCGUGGCAGUGA